UUUAUAGAGUUAGCAUUAUCAAUUUCUUUUGUUCCACCAAUUCAUACCAGAUGAUAUAAGUUUCUUUGUUAAAAGGAAAAACCAAAAUUCCUACAAGUUGAUUCUAGGUGGAAGGUGGCCAAAACACAAGUAGACACAAUACUACACUAUAUAAAUAGGAAAAGCAUAAUAAUCACAAGAAAAUUGAAAGUUAUUGAGAAUGUCAAGUAGAAAAUUUGAGAAAGUUUGUAGGGAGCUCAUUAGACCUAUUUCUCCCACUUCCAAUCACUUGAGAUGCUUCCAAUUCUCUCUUUUGGAUCAAAUGACACGACCCACAUCUGUUCACUUUGCUCUAUUUUAUCCUCCUCCUCCUACUACUACUCCAUGUGGGGGUGAUCAAUCCUAUUCCUACGAGCAAGCAAGGGCAGUCAAUUCAUCAAGAUUACUUGUUUUGAAGAAAUCUUUGUGUGAAACUCUGGCUAGCUUUUAUCCUUUUGCAGGACGAAUUAAGGACAACUCAAUUGAAUGCAAUGACGAUGGUGUACCCUUCUACGAGGCUUUCGCCCAUAAGUAUCGAUUGAAAGACCUUCUUAGACAGCCCCAUGUGGAUAUACAAAUUCUCCCCACAGUUGAUGAUCAAGAGGGGUCAAUAGUCCAUAUCCCACUACUUGUUCAAGUCACCUUGUUUGAGUGUGGAGGUAUAACUAUUGGUAUACGUGCUUCUCACAAAAUCGCCGACCUUUCCACGUUGUGCACUCUCAUCAAUGCUUGGGCAGUCACUGCUCGAGGUAGCCCUAAUUGCGUGGACGUACCAGAAUUUGUUGCUGCUGCAAAAUUCUUACCACAUCCUAUUCCUCAUGUUUCUCCAGACUCGUCUAAUAUGAUUGAAUUAUUCAAACCCUUUCUUGAUAAUCAACGUGUAACUAAAAUUUUUGUCUUUGAUGCAUCUACUAUAGUAUCACUCAAGUCUAAGGUCGACUGGAGUUUUGUACCAACACCUACACGCGUCGAAGUCGUGUCAGCUACGAUAUGGAAAUGUUUCAUGAUAGCUUCAGCAUGCACAAGAACAUCAUCAUACUUGAUGUACAACGUAAAUAUACGAAAGCGACUUGUCCCUCCCUUGCCAAAUCAUUGUGUGGGAAAUGUCGUUGCAACGACCACGACAUGCAAAGGCGAGAACGAUGGCUCCGACUUAGCCACCUUGGUCACUUGUAUUAGAAAAGGAUUAUCCGAUUUGAUUUUAAAAUAUGUGGAUAAAUCAAGACAAUAUGAGGCAAUCUUGGCCAUUCCCCGGGACAGUAUAAAGCUAGGAAUAGAAUUUCUCGAAAAAAAGAUACAGUUAUUUAUUAAUAGCUGGUGCGUCUACCAAUUUUAUGAAGUUGAUUUUGGUUGGGGCAAACCUUCAUGGGUUAGUCCUGUUGAACAACCAAUAAAAAAUUUGAUUCUAUUGUUGGAUUCUAGAGAUGGUGGAAUAGACGCAUAUGUAUGCUUGUCGGAGAAAGAGAUGGCAGCGUUUGAGCAUGAGCUAGUUGACCUGCUAGCAAUUGGAUCUGCCAAAUAAUUGGAUCUACUUUUGUUUUAUUUGUCGUUUUUAUUCUGACACUGAUUACUGUCACUUAACAAUAAAUGACUUAUGAGAGGAAACAAAAAUGAUUAUGUGAUAUUCUAUAGUAUAGACUAUAAGUGUACAAGAGUGCAAGAAAAAUUGGAGCUAUGGAUGGGAGAUGGAUUUGGGGAUUCAUGUGGCCGAUGUCAAUACUUUGGGGCUAUAGGUUCUUCUUGUUAUUGUUUUGGAUAAAGUUUGAAA